AUGAAACUUUUGAUUUGUGUGUUACUGACUUUGGGGGGAUUGACAGUGUGGGGGUAUCCAGAAAGAAGAGCGGCGGAGAAGUUACAGUUGCCACAAUUGGAACAGUUGCAGCAGGAUACCAAGGAGAAUAAACCUCGGGAGGUACCAAGGGAUUGUAAAGGAAAGUGUGCGACGAGUAUAGCACAAAAGGCCGCAGCUGAGGCUAAAGCGGCCCAGGCCGCGCAAAACGCUGCUGGUGCUCAAGCAGCUCAUAUGGUUAAAACCCAACUUGCUGAAAAAGCGCUUCAAGCAGCAAAGGCAGCCGAAGCAGCUCUAGCAGGCAAACAAGCCGUAGUAGAACAACUGCAACAAGAAGUAAAAGAAGCGGAGGCAGUAGUUGCUGAGAACACAGCAGCUGUACAUCAACAACAGGGCACCGUUAACGCAGCUGUUCAAGCUGCCCAGCAGGCCACCGCACAGCACAAGCUAAUGACGCAAGCGAAUGCACUUGCAGCUCAGUUGGAGAAAUCGGCUCAUUGCGUUCUAGAAAAAACUAAAAUUGGGCUACAAGAGAAAUGUCACAAUUUAGCAGAAGCAAGAGCGAGGUUGGCACAUCUCCAGCAUAAGCUACAAUGCGCUUGUGCUGAAUGUUCUGCAACGAAAACAGCAGCCCACGCCGCUUGCGAAGCAGCACGAGCGGCUUGCGGUAAUGCUAGACGCAAAAAACAUAUCGCUGAAAUAGAAAACAUGUCCAAAGACCCCAAAAGAAGACGAUGA